CCCAUUUACUUGCUCUUUGAGAGACCUAUAAAUAUGUUGGUUUACUCAAGUCUUUUUCAUAAGCUCAUUUCUUUGAUUCUUUCAAUCAUUGUGACUUGAGCUUCAUCACCACUUCACCACCAACAUUAAUGGCUUUCCAUGCAGCUCAUCAUCUCUUGCCUUCUAUUUUUGGCAUUCUUGGCAAUAUCAUCUCCUUUUGCGUCUUCUUAGCGCCGAUGCCAACUUUUUACAGUAUCUGCAAGAAAAAAUCUACACAAGGGUUUCAGUCAGUACCAUACUCGGUCGCAUUAUUCAGUUGCAUGUUGCUUCUUUUCUACGGCUAUCUCAAGACCGAAAAUGGCAUGAUGAUCAUCACCAUCAACUCUAUCGGUUGCGCCAUUGAAACCGCAUACCUUGUUGUUUUCCUCAUCUACGCCACCAGAAAGUCUCUGAUAUCUACCGUCAAGCUACUUGUGUUGUUCAACAUACUCUCAUUCGGGUUGAUCCUCGUUACAACAAGAUAUGCAACCAAUCCUGGGCCGAAACGAGUAGCAGUUGUUGGUUGGAUUUGUGCCGUGUUUUCGGUUUGUGUCUUUGCUGCUCCGCUCAGCAUUAUGAGAUUGGUUAUAAAAACAAAGAGCGUAGAGUACAUGCCUUUCUCGUUGUCCUUGUGCCUCACGAUUUGUGCGGUUAUGUGGUUCUUUUACGGUCUUUUGAUCAAAGAUUACUAUGUAGCUACUCCAAAUGUGUUAGGAUUCGUAUUUGGAAUAGCCCAAAUGAUCUUGUACAUGAUCUACAAAGACAAAAAGAAGCAAGUGAUACCAAUGGGUCAACCGAAAGGUGAGGCGGCAGCCGCAACGGUGGUGGACUUGGGGGCAAUAUUGGAAAUGCAAGAGAAAGCUGUGGUGGAGAUAGGGGUAGAAUUGGAAAUUCAAGAAAAACCGGUGGUGGCUGGAGAUGAAGCUGGUGGAGGGAAGAAAGAAGAAGUGGCGGUUAAAGUAGCUUGUUUGGAUUUAGAUGGUGAAAAGACGGUUAUACCCUCUAUCGGUUAAAGUGAAAACUUGAGGCUUUGAAAUGGGCUUAAGAAGAAAAUAUAGAGAAUACCGAAUUUGCCAUCCAGGAAACAGGAAGUGAAGCUAGAGCUGCUGGAUAGAUGGAUGAAUAUGGUGUCGUAUUUAUCUAUUUUAUUGGGAGAAUAAGUUUCAUAUACCAGAUUUUUAUAAAUAAAUUAUGAUGAUUUUUAUCUUUUGAAUUUAGCUUGCUUGUAUAACAUAUUACAGAAUU